UUGGUGUCACUUGCAGCCAGACAUUCGACAAGAAUGGCUGGUAUGUUCCGUUGGAGAAGCCUAGGGCCACGUAGCAUGAUGGUCCUUGAGAGCGGUGAGAGGAGAACUCUGCAGGGUCAGGAAGGAUGCACCAUAGAAGUCAAAGAGUAUCAACCUGAUACACACCUCAACUUGUCCUUUCUCAAGCAGCAGAUAACGGAGGUCGCAGAUGACGUCAUCGUUAGUUCCGUUGGACAAAAUCAAAACAUGCUGACUGGACAACUUUCCAGAUGUAUUUUGAGGGCUGCAGGGGAAGAGAUAGGAGAAGAGAUUAGGACACAACGCCCAGCAGGUUUACGUGUUGCUGAGAUAGUUGAGACAUCUGGCGGAAGGCUGAAGUGUAAAGCAAUAUAUCACUGUCGCCUGCCCCACUGGACGAACAAGCUGUCUAAACCAGACGUGGUGUUAAGACAAGUUGUCAGUGAUUGCAUCAUCAACGCUUCGACUCAGGGAUACAAAUCCAUUGCCUUUCCUGCCCUUGGAACUGGCAAUCUUGGCUACCCAAAGUACGUGACAGCAGCGGCCAUUAUUGACACUGUGCGGGAGUUUGACAAUGUUCCUCUUUUCCUUGCGGACGUGCACGUCGUCGGUUGUCCAAAUGACGUUAACUUUGAAGGGUUUUGUAAAAGGCACCUACAAAAAGUAACGGUACCUGAAGACAAGUAUUCAAGUAUAAGAUAUCUGUCAUCGGGUAGAACGCUACCUACAUGGACAAGCUCCAAAACAGAGUCUCCAACGGAAGUUGGUGUGUUAGACUUUCAAACAUUGAUACCAAAGCCGCAGAUGCCUGUAGUAGAACGCCAGGGUAGACACCGGUUUAGAGUGCCAUUCUCACUGGGUGACGCAUUCGUCAGGACACUGCCAGACAGAUGUGAAGAAGAUUGCACCAGGAACGUUCUGGAUAAGCGGAUACAGAAGCUGAAGUUUUCACAGAUUGAAGAUCUUGAGGCGUUUGCAGAGAAAGAGAGCAUAGAUAUCAACACAUUAAAAUCUAGUGGUCAGGUUCGUCUGAAGGGGACCACUCCAAGGCCUCACCAAAGUGUGUCAUUAUUUGGAUCAGACUCUACAAACAGUAGCUGAUUUUGGUUUUGUGGCGUAUCCCACUUGCUGGGAAAGCGUCGAGUCUGACCAGAGGGUUUUCAACGUUGCUGAAGGAGGCAUAGAAUACAAGAGUGUGAAGAACAGUUUCAUGGCGGCUUUGUGUGAAAAGAGAGAUCAUGCUACCAUCUUUA